GGCGUCUGGAGAGCGGGAGACUGGCGGGGACUACGUGAAGUUCUCCAAGGAGAAGUACAUCUUGGACUCGUCGCCAGAGAAGCUGCACAAGGAGUUGGAGGAGGAGCUCAAGCUCAGCAGCACGGACCUCCGCAGCCAUGCCUGGUACCACGGCCGCAUCCCCCGAGAACUGUUCGAGCAGGAGAGCUUCGACCACGUGCCGGCGCUGGUGCGCUACCACGUGGGCAGCCGCAAGGCCGUGUCGGCGCAGAGCGGCGCCGUCAUCUACUGCCCGGUCAACCGCACCUUCCCGCUGCGCUACCUGGAGGCCAGCUACGGCCUGGGCCCCUCGGGCCCCAAGGGCGGCCACGCGAAGCGGCGCAGCGCCACCGUGGCCGACGGGCUCACCGAGACACAGGAGCCUGAGAAGCCUUAUCCUCUUGGGCUGAACGAGGCAGUGUGGGAGGGGAAUGCAGGCUCCCUACUCCGCAGCACGUCCCUGCCCCGCCCCCGGGACGCCAUCCGCAGCUGCGCUCUCAGCAUGGACCAGAUCCCAGAGCUGCACUCGCCCGUGUCGCCCAUCUCCGAGAGCCCCAGCUCCCCUGCCUACAGCACUGUGACUCGUGUCCACGCCGCCCCCGCAGCUCCCUCUGCCACAGCACUGCCUGCCUCCCCUGGUGCCUGUCAUUCCAGCGAGCCCCAGCUGUGUUCUGGAAGUGCCCCGAAGCCCCCUGGGGAGUCGGACAAAGUCCCCCAUGCCAGCCCCUCCCACACCCUCUGCAAGGCCUCCCCGUCACCAUCACUCAGCAGCUACAGCGACCCAGACUCUGGCCAUUACUGCCAGCUGCAGCCUCCCGUCCACGGCAGUCGAGAGUGGGCGGCGGCUGAGGCUUCCAGCAGGCAGACCAAGAGCUGUGCGGAGAAGCUCAAGGAACUGUCAGAAAAUGGGGCUCCCGAGGGAGACGGGGGCCAGGCCUUCACGGUCCCCGUCGUGGAGGCCACCUCGUCCUUCAACCCAGCCACCUUCCAGUCACUGCUGAUCCCCAAGGAUAACCGGCCGCUGGAGGUAGGCCUUCUGCGCAAGGUCAAGGAGCUGCUGACCGAGGUGGAUGCCCGGACGCUGGCCCGGCAUGUCACCAAGGUGGACUGCCUGGUUGCUAGGAUACUGGGCGUUACCAAGGAGAUGCAGACCCUGAUGGGAGUGCGCUGGGGCAUGGAGCUGCUCACCCUCCCCCAUGGCCGGCAGCUACGACUGGACCUGCUGGAACGGUUCCACACCAUGUCCAUCAUGCUGGCCGUGGACAUCCUGGGCUGCACGGGCUCUGCCAAGGAGCGGGCGGCGCUGCUAGCCGGGCGUCCAUCCGUGGGACUGUCUGGAAGAGCCCCACGGUUCUUGGGGAUGGCUGUCAGUCAGCGCUUUGUGCGUUUCCAGGCAGCACUGAUUUCCCGGCUGGAGCAGACAUGGGUGACCCUGCGGCAGCGACACACCGAGGGGGCCAUCCUGUACGAGAAGAAGCUCAAGCCUUUUCUCAAGAGCCUCAACGAGGGCAAAGUGGCGCACCACGGAGGCCGGUACCACACCAACGCGGAGGCCAAGCUGCAAGGGUUCCAGGCUCGGCCAGAGCUCCUGGAGGUGUUCAGCACGGAGUUCCAGAUGCGCCUCCUCUGGGGCAGCCAGGGCGCCAGCAGCAGCCAGGCCCAGCGCUACGAGAAGUUCGACAAGGUCCUCACGGCCCUGUCCCACAAGCUGGAGCCUGCCGUGCGCUCCAGCGAGCUGUGACCUCAGGGGCCUUCCCCUCUGCAGCUGCAGACAGCCUCGGGGCCGAGGGCUCACCUUGCCCCAGAGCACCCCAGGGACACUGUGAUCAGCCCGAGAAUGUGCUGGGUUCAAUGCCAGGAUCUCCCUGGCACCCCCAGGGUCCUGCGUGAACUCUAGGUUCCCACCCACUGCUCCACGCUCGCCAAGAACAGGGACCCCUGUUCCCCCACCAGCUUCUGCUGCCCCCCUUCCAGCGAGGGUCCCUGUUUCCAGCCACAGGAGUCUCCUCACUCCCCCCCCACCAAGGCCUCCAUCUGGCUGUAAAUAAGUCCGUCUGUUCUGUAAAUAGAUGUACAGAAGCUGUGUUCUUUCUUUCGUAUAAUAAACUUUUAUGACUCUUU